CCUUGAUCUCCUGCUAAGCGAAACUGACGACAGCGGAAGCUUUGAGCCUCAGAAGCCAAGGCAAAGCAGGCGCCUCCUCUCCUCUCUCGGGCUCAAGGCAGAAGGAGGGUCCAUUGCUGCUGCAGCCUGAGCUGGAAAGGCAGAGAGGCAGAGCCCGUUCCCUCUCCUGCAGCCCCUGCCUUUGGACCUCCGCCAGCAGCCAGGCAUCAGGGGCCAGGAGCAUGUCUGCGCCCUGCUGUGCAGGCCAGUUGGCCUGUUGUUGUGGUACUGCUGCAUGUUCACUUUGCUGCCAAUGUUGUCCAAAGAUAAAACAAUCAACCAGCACUCGUUUUAUGUAUGCACUGUACUUCAUCUUGGUGACUCUCAUCUGUUGUGUCAUGAUGUCAGAGACAGUAGCCAAAGAAAUGAAAGAACAUAUUCAUUUCUAUGAAACAGUAUGCCAGCAUAUUCAGGCAGGUGAUUCCUGUGAGAAGCUGGUGGGCUACUCUGCAGUGUAUCGUGUGUGUUUUGGAAUGGCCUGCUUCUUUUUUAUCUUCUUCUUACUCACAAUCAAAGUCAACAGUAGCAAAACCUGCCGUGCAUACAUUCACAAUGGAUUUUGGUUCAUAAAACUUAUAGUCCUGGCAGCCAUGUGCUCAGGAGCCUUUUUCAUUCCAGAUCAGGAUACGUUUCUUAAAGCAUGGCGUUAUGUAGGUGCUACAGGAGGCUUCCUCUUCAUUCUCAUCCAGCUUAUCCUCCUUGUAGAAUUUGCACACAAAUGGAAUAAGAACUGGACAUCUGGCACAAAGCACAAUAAACUCUGGUACGGCUCCUUAGCUCUUGUGACGCUUGUACUGUACUCCAUUGCUGUUGGAGCUCUGAUUGUGAUGGCUGUCUUUUACACGCGUGCUGAUGGCUGUACAUUUAACAAGAUCCUGCUUGGUGUCAAUGGUGGCUUGUGCUUGUUUGUUUCAAUGGUAGCCAUCUCACCCUGUGUCCAGAACCGUCAGCCCCAUUCUGGCUUGCUGCAGUCGGGCAUUAUCAGCUGUUACGUCAUGUAUCUCACCUUCUCAUCACUUUCAAGCAAACCUCCAGAAACUAUCUUAGAUGAGAAUCAGAAGAACAUCACAAUCUGUGUACCUGAAUUCAGCCAUGGGCUACAAACAGAUGAAAAUUUGGUGACUGGGCUGGGAACUACCAUCCUCUUCUUGUGUAUUUUGUAUUCUUGCUUGACCUCAACAACACGUGCAAGCUCUGAAGCACUGAGAGGAAUAUAUGCAACACCCGAAACUGAAAUAGCUCGCUGCUGCUUUUGCUGUUCUCCAGAUGAAGAUGCUGAUGUUGAAGAGCCUGCUAGCAGAAGAGGAGGCCAGAAAGUAAUUUAUGAUGAAAAGAAGGGCACUGUAUACAGCUACGCAUAUUUCCAUUUUGUGUUCUUCCUAGCUUCUCUCUAUGUGAUGAUGACUGUUACACACUGGUUCCAUUAUGAAAGUGCUGCAAUCGAAAAAUUCUUUGCCGGAACCUGGUCUAUCUUCUGGAUUAAGAUGGCUUCCUGCUGGAUAUGUGUCCUCCUCUAUUUGUUAACUCUUCUAGCUCCUUUCUGCUGCCCAACCAGAGAAUUUUUGGUGUGAACCUCCUUCUGUUACAAGACCAGUGGUUUAGAGGAUGGAGAAGCAAGUUUGUGUAAUGACUGUCCUGACAUUGAUGGUUAGGCUGUUGCUCCCUCUUCUAUAUGAAACUUAUAUGUUUAUAUACUUUGGGGUUGUUUUCAAAAACAUUUAUUUGCAUUGUUUGAAUUAAGAGAGCCUGAAUUCAAAAGCGGCACCUCAGUUAAGAACUCAAAUAAUAUGAAUGUUAUUAAAUAUCUCAUAAUAGUUAAAAUGCUUUAAAGUUAUUUUGUGUUCCUCCUGUGAAAUACAAAAUGCCUCUUUAUUCACAGGGAGAAAGCUUUUCCUGUUUUCUUCAUUUGGCUGGGACUAAUUUUAUAGUCCUCAUAGGUGUUAAUAUCCAGCUUUUAAUGAUUUCCCCAAUAAAACAAACACUUGUUUAGAAUUAUAAAAUGAAUCUUAAAAGUGGGAUGAAGAUAUCAUCAUAGGUAGGCGUAGCAUCAGCUCAAGAGUAUUUUCUUCUGUAUUAGGUGCUCAUAGUAAAUUAUUGCAUAUGUGGAUUGUAGAAGAAAAGAGUUUAUGGUCUAGAGCUAUUUAUUUAUGGUAUUAAUGAAAGGCACCUUUAUAUAUCAUUGGGUGACAUGAUGUGGAACCUGAAAAUAUGACUGGGAUGUGAAACACUGUAAAGAUUGGUGCAAUUAAUUAACAACUAUUAUGAGUCACUCUGGGACUAAAUGCAUCUGAAAGGACUGAUGAGCAACAAAACGUGAGUUCUGUCCAUAUCAAUAAGUCUAUCUUAGUAAAUCUGAAGAGUCUCCUUUUUGGAAGGGUUAUUAAAUGAAUCUGCAAUCUACUUGAAAUUGUGAUGUAAUAAAUUAUAUGUAGGACCUAAAAGAAGGGUGUAUGGCUGAAUUUUGGUUAGUGGAAGAGUAAAUUCCAGUGGAACCAGGAGGAAAUCGGUGAACCUUUAAAACCAACUCUCUGGGGAAACCUCCUAGAGUUAGUUUUAAAGGAAGUAGACAAGCUGAGGAGUAGGUUCCACUACCAGAAUGUUGGAUUUAUUGCUAACAAACAAAGUGAACUUUUUUUUUUUUGCAGAGUAACCUUACCUAAAGAGUAAUUUGGAAUAUUCACCUUUUUUCCCUGGGUGGGGAUUGGUUGUUUUGGGUUCAUUUAAUCCAUCACUUCUUAGGCUGCAUUUGCACUGCAGAAAUAAUCCAGUUUGACAUUGCUUUAACUGCCAUGGCCCAAUGCUAUGAAAUUCUGGAAAUUGUAGUUUUGUGAGAUCUGUAGCUUUCUCUUGACAG